AUGUCUUCUUCACCCGACCGCUCAACUACGACUGCUUCCGUGCCUCUACGGAGGGUCGGCGACACAGUCGCCCAUGAAACUGGAGGACUCGCUACCAAGGCUGAUCUUGACGAGGUCAAAACAAGCAUCGAUCAGCUCAAGGCCGAGCAACAAGUGAUGAAGUCCCUGCUCAUCCAAAUACUGCAAGCUGGAACUGCUGCGCCACGUGCUGUACCAGAUCGUGACACUCCAACGGUCCCUACGGGUGGUCUCAAAGUCAGUGGAGAUUCUGCAACAAAUGUUCCAUCUGAGACGCAGACCGACUUUGUCACACCUCAGAUAGAUGUGGAAGAUGUGCAUGUGGCGCCUGUAGCCUCCGUGUUCGAAGAGCAAGACGCAUCGCCAGUAGAACCAAGCGCGCCUACGCUUAACGAAGAGACGGUCUCCGCCCAGGCCGCUGCUCAAGCCGAAGAAGACACACUGUCGGAUGAGGAGUUGAGGGAACUUCGGCCGCUACGUCAGCAAUCGACACGUCUUCUCUGUAUCAAUGAAGACUUUCGCUUUAAGACUUUAGUUGGCCUGUACUGCGCUCUCAAGUCGAGGAACCCAGCCCAGACUUCAUCCCGGACCCGCCUUCCUGAGAGCCAGCUGAUCAAUAUGGCGCGCUACGCAGAAUUCGACAUUCUUCGAGGCAUAGAUCGAAGGGUCAUACGGAGGCAAUUGGCUUCGGUCCCAUCGCUCAUACUCAAUGAGUACUCAACUCGUCGGCAGGAGAUGUGGAGCAGCUUCAAGUAUAGCAGCAACUUCUCCGCGCUGAUCCAUAGACAUCAGCGGUCUGUGCGUGAGGCCUUGAGGCAGAGUAGAAGAGUCACCCGGUCGCAAUCUCCUCAGCAGAUAGGAGCUUUCGUCAAAGUUCCUCGUGGCCGUGCUGGAUACCGCUAUCGAUCCGCGUCAAGGUCUUCGAGCGCUGACCGUGGCGGCAAUGCACCGGUGACAAGUGACAGCGAUUUCUCCUUCCCGAGAACUCGCACACAAAUCCCCUCCUCGAUGGCACCUGGCACGCUCGUGGCGUAUAGCGACAUGCUUAUGGACGCUGAUUUGGCCCUCCUCAAAGAGCCCACGUCGGCUAAGCCACACCACAUCAAGCUCGCCAACGAUCUUCGCAGCGGCACACUCGUCGAGUUUUACGACAAGCUUGUGGAGGCCAACACCUUGGUAUCCUACCUCAAGCACGACGAAGCCCUUCAGCAUGCGCUCGUUGAAGUCUAUCAAGCCAUGGGCACAGCGCCGUUCUGGAAAGACUACCUACCGCUUGAUACUCACGAGCUUAUGAGGCUAGCGAAGCAAAUCGAAGAUGAUGCUUUUCGCCGCCUGCUAAUGGACGUGCAUAGCGGGAAAGCCGAGGUUUCCCAUGAAAAUGCGUACAUUCGAUUGACGGCGAGGUAUCGUCCGGGAACCGAUGCCAUAGGUCUUAGGGAAUUCGCAGGCAAGGCUGCAAAGUUUCUCGACCCGAUGGAGGUAUAG